AUGAAAGAAUGUUGUACUAAUAUUAAUUUGGCUGAAGACUUAUUUGGUUUGGUAGAGCAAUCUGCUGUUUUUUUAUCAGAUUCCCACAAACGAAUGGAAACUUGGACUAGUGUAAAACAUACUGGCCAUGAUGAACUUUAUAAACUCCAAAAAAUUGGUGCAACUCGAUGGUGGAGUAAAGGUAAAGCUUUAUCUUCAGUUAUGGAUUUACAACUGAAUAUCUUCAAAACCGGUAAAGAAGUUGAAAACACCAAAUUUGCAACUUUAUUAACAUUUUUAACCACAGUUUGUCAUAGAAAUUUCAAUACACAAUCCAAAUUCAUUGCUAAAUCAUUAAUUAGUAAUUGGUCAAGAUUUGAAAUAAUAAUAUAUAUAUCUAAUUUAUUGCUUGAUAUUUAUUCAGCCACAACUCCAGUACCUAUCUAUUUAUCUACAAACUAA